AUGUCAUCGCGCAUCAUGGACUCUUACAACGACAUAGUCAAGAGUCUCCGCCGCGAGGACAAAACCACUCAAGCGCGGCUCCAGUCGAUUAUAUUUGACAACCUUUUCGUGUCACAAUUCGAUCCUUUCCCUCUCGUGGCCAACGAACGGUGCGGUCUAUGGUAUGUGCGGCCAGAUCAAAUAGCAGAAACGGCAUAUUUCAAGAGUACAGAUGGUCACACUCAUGAAUGGCGUUUUUCAACCCGGCGUUUGAAUCUCAAUUUGUUGCCUCUACUUGCGACAGAGCGAACAAUAGUUUUAGUGGACUCUACUCGCAAAGGUAAGCUUUUGCCUGAUGCCCUUCUGAAAACGGUGCCUAUCUGGUGCAGUGUGCUCAAUUACAUAAUGUUUGAAGGCGAAAAUGUGCCCGACCAAUUUUCUGAAUUGGCUGCCGGAAACUGGCUAGCGACACCUCGUGAGAUGGUACUGGAAAGUGAGCAUGCAAGUAUUUCUGAGCGGAUUGCCAGUUUCGCCAGCGAAGCGAAGCGUCUCGGCCUUGUGCUGAAAAGAAUGCUUCUUGAGCAUUUGGGUGCGCGCCAGCCUAUUCUCCCGUGCUGGAUGUGGCCCGGAAAAAAGGGUACGGUGCGCGAAAGAGCGGACUGUUUUACCAUCUGCUGCGUAAGUGCGUCAGCUAGAGGCAGCCGCCCGCCUGGAUGGAAUCACAGCGCGCCCUAUGUUCAGGGCGCUGGGGACGAUCACGAACUUUGGGCCCCGCGCGCUUUGGACGCUCUGCUGUUUUGGAAUGACGUCUAUCCAGAAACCGCACCCAACUUGCGUGUAGUCGAGUCUGGCAAUGUUUGUUCAUGGCUCUCCGAAGAAGAACUUUUGCGGCGAGUCGAGGCAAUCAUCAACAUAAAAUUACAUCGAGCGAACAUCCCCACAGAUGACUCAACAACUGUCCAUGAUCACAAUACUUUAUCGAUAGACAUUUCACCGUUGGGAAACACGGGAAUCUACAUUGGGCAAAUUACUGAAAACAUUGAUAUCGAGGUCCUUCUACGUUAUGCACCCAAUCUUCACCAUGUCGUGGUACUCUCGAAGGAUUUUACAGUGCAAGCACCUGAAAAUUGCUCGGUAGCCGUAUCACAUUAUAGAGUGGAACUGACAAAAAAGGGCGCCAAGCAGCUCCGUGACAUUCUUCCCAGGAGUGUAGCAAAUGUCGUGCCGCUGCCACUGUCAAGCGUUGUUGUGUUGUGCGAUACAGGAAAGGAUUUGGCUGUGGGUGUAGCAUUAUGUCUACUUGGGAAGCAUUUUUCCCCCACAUGGGUCUCUGCUCCUGGCCCAGUUAACAAAGAUAUUGUGAAACAGCACUUGAGCAAAAUCCUGGAAUGUCGCAAAAUUAACCCGAGCCGUAACACGCUUCAAAGUGUGAACACAUUCUUGAUGUGA